CAUAUUUAACAAUGAACAGAUUGCAUGCUUUAACAAUGCUCUUUGUUUGUAAACAUAAUUGUGUAAGUGUGCUUUUUCCAAUAGAUAGCGAAGGAAUGCGGUAGCCCAAAUAUUUCCCAGGAGCUCAGAUAUUUUUUUCCCCCAAUAAUGCCGUCCGUCAGCGGCUUGUUUGCUGUUGGAGCGCAUUGUUUGAGAUGGGAAGUUGCGCAGGAGGGCGUACAGUACCUGUGUCCAGGCUCGCACACACAGCACAGCGACUAUCACAGCGGAGUUCAUUCCGCGUCUGCGCUGUGUCUCACGUUACUUGGCUUUACACUAACUACUAGACGACUUUUCUGCGUUUUCGGGGAUUUGUGAAGAAAGGCAUUUCAAGUGAAGCGCUUGAGGGAAAGAGAGCUGUUUUAUUUUUUGGUGAAGAAGAGUAAAACAGCAGCAUUUGUGCAUACCAGAGGAAACGGUCUUAAGAGACGGCGUGAUUGACUUCCUGCUCCCUUGAGAGGAGGGGUGAGCGGCAGUCUUGUGGUACUCACCCCUCCUGGUCAGAUUGCUGAUGCUGAAGAUGUUGGCCCAUAGUGCAUGGCUGCCAUUCCUGCUGUUGAUGUGUGUUGUGUCCACUCUGUGGGGUUACCCCUUUAGACCCCCGCUAGACCUGGAUGUGACCCCCAGAACUACGGUCCUCUCCAACGGGCUGUUGGGUCUCAGGCGCUUCAGAGGGUCGACACUGAACUACAGUUUAUUGCUGCUGGAGGAGGAGGCAGGCCUGUUGUACGUGGGAGCGAGAGGGGCUUUAUAUGCCCUGCAGGCUAGUGACAUCUCCAGCAGCUCUCUUACAGAGCUUAUUGACUGGGAGGCAUCAGAUGAUCAGAAGCAACAAUGCUUGAACAAAGGGAAAGAUAACAAGACAGAGUGCUACAACCACAUACGAUUCCUGCAGAGGUUCAACAGCACACACUUGUACACUUGUGGCACCCAUGCGUUCAGCCCUCUGUGCGCAUACAUUGAUGGGAGGGAGUUUAAGAUCUCGUCAGCCUUCGAGGAGGGUCGAGAGAAAUGUCCGUAUGACCCCACCAAAGGCUACACUGGCCUGUUGAUUGAUCAGCAGAUGUACACAGCAUCUCAAUAUGAGUUCCGGAGCUUUCCUGACAUCCGACGCAACUCUCCGAAUCCCACAUUGAGAACAGAAGAGGCUCCAACUCAGUGGUUACAGGAGGCUGAUUUUGUGGGCUCAGCGCUGGUGAGGAAGAAUGUGAGUAGCUCAGUGGGAGAUGAAGAUAAGAUUUACUUCUUCUUCACUGAGAAGAGUCAAGAGCUCAGUCCAUACUUCAGUCACAGCAGGGUGGCACGGGUCGCCCGUGUGUGUAAGAGAGACAGAGGAGGUCUCCUCACACUACAGAAGAAGUGGACCUCCUUCCUGAAGGCCCGUCUAGUGUGUUCUCUACCUGACUAUGAGUUUCACUUCAACGUGUUGCGGAGUGUGUUUUUUCUGGAGGGCUCCGGCCCUCAGGACUCUGUUUUCUAUGGCAUAUUUGGUCUGGAAUGGAAAAACGUAAAGGCAUCUGCGAUCUGCCAGUACUCGGUUUCGGAUAUCCAGUGGGCCUUUGAUGGGCCUUAUAUGGAGAGCAGAGAGGAGUCCAGCUCCAAAUGGACCCAGUACACAGGGAAAGUGCCAGAACCAAGACCCGGCUCGUGCAUCACAGAUCAACUUAGAGCAAAAGGCAUCAACUCAUCCACCAACCUGCCAGACGAUGUGCUUCACUUUGUCCGUCGCCAUCCGCUCAUGUACAGGCAGAUACUUCCUCAAAAACAGCGCCCCCUGCUGUUUAGGAGGAAUGUGGACUACACCAAAAUUGCUGUACACAGAGUGACUGGUCUAGAUGAUCAGAUAUACCACGUACUAUUCAUUGGGACAGAUGAAGGUUGGUUGCAAAGGGCUGUGAAGGUUGAUGGUCAGCUGCACAUCAUUGAGGAGCUGCAGCUGUUUGAGAAACCCCAGCCAGUGGAAAGUAUAAUCAUCUCUGAGAAACAGAUGAGUGUUUAUCCCACUUCGCCCACCUCUGUGGUGCAAUUGCCCUUGUCCACAUGCAGCAGAUACUCUUCGUGCUUUGACUGUGUGAUGGCGCGUGAUCCCUUCUGUGCCUGGGAUGGACUGGAGUGUGUGGAGAUUACAUCACACAACAGAAAAGCCAAUCUGACACAGGACAUUCUGAAUGGAAACCAGGGCUGUGAUGAAUCCACAGCAGAUGACCAAGUGUUACACCGAUCUCGCUCUGUGAUGGCGGGUGAUGAUGUGCUUCUUCAGUGUGAGCUCAGCUCCAAUCUGGCAACCCCUGAGUGGAAGUUAAAUGGAACGGAACUACGGGGAUACAGAACGGACUCUGGUUACCGCAUUGGCACUGACGGCCUUCUGGUCAUCGAGGCACGGCCUCACCAAAGCGGCGACUACUGCUGCUUUGCCCUGGAGAAUGGUGUCCAUGUUCCUGUGGUGAUCUACAGCUUGACAGUCCGCCAGGAGCUUCCAGCACCUCCUCCCGUGGAGCCAAUACGGCCACACUUGACUACAGCGAUCUACUGGACCAUUCAAACUUCCCCAAGUGACUCCCCGGAGGACUUCCAUCCGAACCCAAUGUCUCCUCGCUUCGAGUUCCUGUCCGUGAGGAACAUGAAGGCCAUAUACCUUUCCCUAAUUACUAUCCUAGGAGGCCUGUGUUUUGUUCUAACAGUCGUCCUGCUUUACGUGGGAUUCUGUUUGCAAGGACGGAGGGGUAAAUACUCUUUACGGGCCACAGCUCGCACCGAAAGAAAGCGAGGUGCCCACUUGGAGCUGAAGACCAUCUCCAGCCACUGCAACGGGAAACCGGAUGCUCACGACGGCCUGCUGCAGAUCGUCCCUGGAGAAGCAACAACGUCACCCAACAAAGAGCUUCCUCCUGCUCCACCUCUCCCACCGCCUCCAGAAUCAGAGUACGUCAAUGGACUCUCUGCCACUUUACCCAGCGUCUUACGCAAGAUGAAUGGCAACAGCUAUGUGUUGCUGAGACAGACAGAUGGAGACACCACGUCUCCGCUUUGUUACUCCUUCACAGAGGAGCUCAACAGGAUCCUGGAGAAGAGGAAGCACACGCAGCUGUGUAGUAAACCUGAUGAGAGUUCGGUGUGAAAUCGAGAUGCGUUUGAACUGCUCAAGUGUUCAAAGGCAGUGUCGUCGUCUAAUACCCCUUCUUCAUCCAGACUAACUGUAACAGGAUGCUAAUGAGUAGCCACAGCUGCUUUUAAUGGAAGAUAAACAAAGCAUUGGUAUUCCUCUAAAAGGAACAAACUCCCUCUCCAUUUACAUUUCAAAUGUAGAGCUUGUGACUUUCAACAGACUGAGGAAAGCCCACUGGUCACAAAUAGCAAAGAAUGGACACAUACAAUAGAAAUUCUACCUCAGCAAAUUGUAUCUCACAGAUUUUGGCUUAUUUCAGCAUGCUUGCGUUAAACUGAAGUUGGAGUUGGGGAUAUACUGUAUAGUUGGGGACACACAGCAAGGGAACCUUCAAAGCAAAAGAGCCCAUCUAGGGGAAUCAAGUAAAUGAUUCAGUGACAAACUAGUUGGAAGAAACAUUUACGCGGCAGCAUUGCAAAAAAGCAACAAGAUGAACUCAAAUGGAGGAAAUCACAGCAGGAUGGGGCAAAGCGUGCAAAACUCUAGUGCCGUCGAGCACUGAAUGUCUUUGAUAUGUCCUUUAUUUGACUAUUUUCUAAUUUAUGCCAACACUGACCUUAUCAGUAACAGCUUGUAAUAAUAAGCAUAAUUAAAAAGAGCAGGGAUAACAGACUUUAAAAACCAUUAGAAAUGCACUUGAUGGUACUAAUAGUGUAAAUAUGGCAAUUAUUGAUAGUUUCACAGCGGUGGGAACCUAGGAAGAUGACAGUAUUAACCACUGAGAUGCACUUUUUGGACCGGUAGCAUUUGUUUUCCAUGAGGUGCUGCUUAUUGUGACAGAUCUGGAGAAGAUGGAAUGGAUUACAAGUACAGGACCGUUGCGAAAGAUGUGAAAGAAAAAAUAUGAACUGACUCUGAAUGCGAGAGGGAAGACUAUGUGCACAGUAUCUGUUUAACCUUGAGCAAUGGACCCCUAAAUGUGUCUGGAUUCGUUUGACUUAAGAUCUGUUAUGUCUCAGAUCUGUGUGCCUCUUGUAGUAUGAUAAGUCCACAUGCACAAGAACUGACAUGAUUCCUUGUCGGAAUCCUUCAUCAGAAUUCCGGAGUCAUUGGCUGCUAGGUAUCCAUGGCAACCACAGAGCAGAGGUAAAGCUGAUGCUGACCUUCUUAGAUUAUCCUUUUGACAUGACCAAUUAUUACAGCACCUCUUACAGUCAGGUCUCGCAGUCUUAACAGGGAUUAGCAAAUUAGCGCAAUGUUGUGAAAUGAGGCUUCUGCUGCCAGUAAAUAAACUAAAUUCAGUUCUAGUCAGGACAUGAUGAACAAUGAGUAUUGUAACAUGGAGAUAUUGGGGGGAUUAAUUAUCCCCUACUCUUCCAGUAAGUCCAUUAAACUGUUGUGUAAAUGUUCAUCCUGGAACUGCUCCAACUGCUCGGACUGCCCACACUUGCAUGCAAGAGCAUUUUAGCGUAUCUCCCACUACUUAAGGGGAGCGAAGCACAUGGUUCUGUCUGUUUAGAUCAGAAUAUGCAGAUUGCAGUGGAGCCGAGUGGAGAACAUUAAGGCCACAUGUUCAGAACAGAGCUAAGAUGAGCACUGCUGAUAGUGCAGUUCUCUCUCCUUAUGCUUUGUGUUCAGAUGUAUUGUUUUUGUUUUGUUUUGUAGAGUUGGACUUAUUUUAUUCUGAAGUGCUCUAAGAAUUAAAUUAAUGUCAUUAUAUAAAUUAAUGCUCAUGUCAUUACAAACCUGUAUCUUGUUAUUUUUACACAAAAGACGACAUUUUGAAGUAUCUUUCUGUGGCUCUUUCUAUACAAUGAAACUUUGUAACUUUGUUGUGACCAAAAAGGAUCGAACAAACUUACACUAAUAAAUAAAUAAAUAAAAUAAAUAAAUAAAUAAAUAAAUAAAUAAAUAAAUAAAUAAAUAAAUAAAUAAAUAAAUAAAAAUUAAGGAAGAUUUGCUAGAGAAGCAAAAUGGCAUAAAAUUAAGUGAAUUUAUGUUUAAACCAAGAAAAUAAAGAAUUUUUCUUACACCAUUGACAGAUAUUUUUUCUUGUUUCAAACAUAGGAUUUUAAGAUGUCGGUUUCUACAAUUUUUUUUUUUUUAUUUUUAUUUUUUUUUUUAAUAAAAGUAUGCCGGUUUGGUUCUCAGGUAAAUUUAUCUUUGUUUAAUAAUUUUCUGAUAUUAUUACUGGAAAACAAGAUGAAACUAAGUAAGAAAAUUAUUUUUGCUGUGUAGACACACAACUCAUAUUCCAAAUAUUUUGAAGCCAGAUUCAAAAUUCAUUGCCUUUGACGCAAAAACAACAAUAUAAAUGAGCAGACCUUUUAUGAUGAAUAUAGCACACAAGUCAUAUGGAUAAAUUUUAUUGUACCUCUAUAGUGCUUUGUCAUUUUAUGAGCCUGACAGAUUGUUUUUUCUCCAUCAUCUCUCUGAAUCCCCCAACAACACCUUUUUUAUUUCUGACAAAUGGCUUUCAUGUCUGCAUGCAUACACCUCCAUCAUAGGGUCUAAUGAGAGCAGAACAGAUCUGCAUACACAUCUGACCUCCACUCUCCCAGAGGGUCACAAUCUGUGAUUAGAUGCUUGUCCUCAUGCAGCUCAUAUGGUCUGUUCCUGCAAUGUUUACAUCCCUUGAGUCUUAUGUUCCUAUGAGAGAGGCGCUCCUGCGGAUUCUUCUAACAUGCCAGGACAGGUUUGUGGAUGAGAAAUAUCUCGUCUGCUGCCCGCAUUCAAAGUGAAUUUAAAGUGCACUAGAGAGAACAAGACUGACAGAGAAAGAUCAAAAGAGAGUCUGGAGAAUGUAUUGAAAUAGAUUGGGAAAUGGUCAUUAAGCCUUUUAGUCUCAUUUAGAGCAACUGCACACAGCCCUCAGAAGCGCCGUAUCUGAUUCCAGAUUCAAAAAUGGCAUAUUAAUGUCGCUAAAAUGUCAUUAGUUCUCCUGAGUGUAGUAAUUUAAUACGAUGCGUUACUUUUGGCUUGUUUUUCGCAUAUUGCCUGGCUUCAGAAGACAUAAUGUACCACAUAAAGAGUCAUAUCGACCACUUUUAUGAUAUUUUUUAAUGUUGUGUAAUGGCAAGAGCUACAUAAUGAUGUCAGUUUUAGCAAAUAAUUGCAGCAUACAGGUUUGGAAUGACAUGAGGGAGAGCGAAUAAUGAAAGGAUUCCCAUUUCUGGGUAAACUUAACAAAACACAGAAUCUUUAGGCUCAAACAUUUUGGGUUUAUUCAUUUUAAUUUUUUUUGACAGAGACGACAGUCCCAAAAAGUGAAAUGUUAAACAAGACAACAAGAAAAUAUGACAUUAUAAGACAUUUCAGUCCUUACAAAACAAUAUCUCUUUGUGGUGUAAUCCAUAAAGCAUAAAGGAGUUGUCAAUGAGGUUAAUUGGAGAAUUGUUAUUGAUUGAGUGUGUUACAUUGUUUUGUAGUUUGUACUAUUAAGCCAUUCGCCAUUUUCAAUAUGAACUUAAUACUUAAAAAAAAAUUUAAGAGGUUUAUGCCCUGUAAAGAUGACCAGAAGAGACAUAUAUUAUGUUUAAUUAGUCUGUUCUGUCAUGCAUACUUUAUUCCAGUAUACAAUAUAACUGAAAAAUGUGUCAAUGGAAUAUAUUUAUUUUAUAGCUUUGUACAGUUUUGUGUAGAUUUAUUUUCGUAAUGCUUCAAACUGGGAUUUUCUAAAUUGUGGUUAGUUAAUGGUGCAUGGAUAUGCAUUUUUGAGAACAUACAAGUUUUGAAAACCAAAAAAUAUAUAAUAGAUAUAAAAACAUAAUAUAAACGUGAUGCUGAUACUAAUAAUAGAAAUGAAAUCAAACCCAUGUAACUCUAAUAAAGCAUGUGUUAAUUCCAUUUUCAUUUUCCAAAAUUGUAAAAAAUUGUUUCCAGUUGUAUAUGUGCUAAAAUGUUACACCACAUUCCAACUAAGAUGGUAUGCUUCCCAUUUCUCAUGUUGUGUUCAGAAAAUAUUGUUAAACCUCCUGCAGAGCCGACCAUGUCUCAGAGUCACUUCAGUGCACAGUUGUAUGCCUCUUCAGUCGUGGGUAGGAUUGUGUGGGCUGCCUCUGGAACUGCAUUUAAUGAAGCUGGUUAGACCUCUGCCUGUCACCAUGGUGAAAAAGACCAUAGAAUUAUUAGCAAUUCGCUUCAUGUUUAAUUCUCUACCGCUCUCUCCAUGCAAGAAACAUUCUCGACUAUCUUGCCCUGUGUACGUUCAAACAGUCCUAGCCCAAGGUACAUUUAAUGUGUAUGUCUUUUCUUUUGUCCAAGGGUAAAGUGUUAUGCUUUGUGUUUAAUUAACACAGUAAUACUACAGGGACGUGCUUGCAGGGGAGGAGGCUGAGAAGUGUGAAUUCAUUAUGUUCAACAUCACAAACUUGUAAGUCUGUUUACAUUUUACCAAGUAAAUUCUUUUAAUAAACAGUAUUGAUGCUUCUGA